UAGCACAAAGGAUGUUACAAAAAACGGCUAAUAAGCUUCUUAUCAGUAUCCAGUUACACUUAAAAUGAACAGCACCAGCAAGACCAAACGUAAGGCAAAUCCUAGACAAAAUGCAAACCCUUUGUAUGCAGCCACAUUUUUGUACACUUUACCAACAUUCAUUAAGGGACACAGAAAGCCAUUCGAGGAAGAGGAUAUUUACGAAACAAUCACUGAUCUUCGUUCGGAGCAUUUGGGUAAUAAAGUAGAAGUACUAUGGAGGAAAUCAUGCCGCACUGAUGAGGGACCUUCGUUACUAAAAGUUUUAAUUUCUGUAUUUGGUAUUGAGUACAUCACUUGGGGCUUUGUGCUUGCCAUCUUAGAGUUAAUACUGAAGCCGGCACAAGCUGUGUUCCUCGGACAGUUACUUUUACACUACAUGCCUAGUGUGGAGGAGGGUUCGCGUACUAACCUGACCGAGGCACGGUGGUAUGCAGGUGGAAUAGUGUUACUAUCUGUCCUACGCAUAGCACUGUUUCAUCCACUUAUGGUACAUUCCCAGUUGGUCGGUUUGAAAGUGAAAAUAGCGUGCUGUUCUCUAAUCUAUCGUAAAGCCCUCAAGUUGAAUAAUGCCGCAUUCGAUAAAACAAGUCUCGGCCAAAUGAUCAACUUGCUCUCAAAUGAUGUCAUUAUAUUUACCAAAUGUGCAUUAAUGCUGAAUUAUCUAUGGGUCGGCCCACUGCAGUGCUUUGUUGUUAUUUAUUUAAUGUACUGCUUUGUUGGUUUAUCAUCGAUUUUUGGUGUAUUGCUACUGUUCUUAUUUAUACCAAUGUAUUAUUUGCUGGGUAAUUUAGCAUCGAAGUAUCGAUCAAGAGCGGCCUUACGGACAGAUGACAGAGUGUGUUACAUGAAUGAGCUUUUAUCAGGAAUUGAUAUAAUUAAAAUGCACGCUUGGGAGAAGUUAACCACAAGUUUAAUGCUCUCACUUCGCAACUUAGAAAUGAAGUGCAUCCGACUGUCGCUGUAUGUAAAAGCAACGUACUUAUCGUUCGAUAUAUUAAUAAUCCCGAUCGUCCUGUACGUGACAAUCGUAGUGUACGUAUUUCACAAUCACAUUCGAGCGGAUAAGGUUUUUACACUGACGAUAUUUUAUAAUUCACUACGAUUGUCGAUGGCCACGUUUUUUCCACAAGCUCUCGGACUACGUGGCGAAGCGCUUGUGUCGAUAAAACGUAUUCAGGAUUUUUUACUCAACACGGAAAUUCAGUUGGAGAGCAUCGAAAGUACGACCGAUCCUAUCGCCGUUGAGAUUAUUGACGGUUCGGCUAAGUGGAAGGAAGAUCUCACAUUAAAGAACAUUAAUUUCUCAGUGAAACCUGGCCGGUUAGUUGCGAUAGUUGGACCUGUCGGGUGUGGUAAAUCUAGUUUACUAAACGUGAUGCUGAAAGAGCUGCAAUUAGUUUCGGGGAAAAUUUACAUAAACGGAGACAUCAGUUAUGCGUCACAGGAUGCUUGGCUGUUCUGCGCGAGUGUUCGUGAUAACAUUCUGUUCGGUGAACAAAUGGAUACUGAUCGCUAUAAUGAGGUUGUACGCAUCUGCGCUUUGCAAGCUGAUUUUAAAACGCUACCGUUCGGUGACCACACAAUGGUAGGGGGCCGUGGUGCUUCGUUAAGCGGUGGCCAGAAAGCGAGAAUAAACUUGGCUCGUGCCGUUUACCGAAACUCCGAUAUUUAUUUAUUGGAUGAUCCGUUUGCCUCUGUAGAUGCUCGUGUGGCGAAACAAGUAUUCGACGAAUGCAUUAGGGGAUUUCUGAAGGGGAAGACUGUAAUAUUAGUGACACACCACAUCCUAUUCUUAAAAGAUGUGGAUCAGCUCGUAGUAUUAGAGAAUGGUACGAUUAUUUCACAAGAUUCAAAGGUUGAUGACAAGGGAGGUCUCGAUCACUCAACUGCAAAAGAUGAUUUAAAUGAAGAUGAACUCAAUCGUGGUACAUUCCGAAAUAACGAAACCGAUAAAAUUCAAAACAUUACUAAGGAACAAAAGUCUGUAGGAUCGGUAUCAAUAGGUGUAUAUCGAAGGUACAUCAGUUCUUGUGGAUGGUUGCCAGUGUUUAAUGUUGCUAUACUGUUCCUAGUUACACAAACACUGAUUAGUGGAGGAUCUUACUUCUUGACAUACUGGGUGAACAAAGCACAAAUGGAGGAUAUGGCUCUCAAGCAGGAUAAUACCAGCAUCUUCAUCCCAGAGUCAAUGGAAUAUAACCAGUACUCGAACAACAUGUACAUUUACUUAUAUUCCUUAAUAACCGCCAUGUGCAUCAUUAUUGUGUCAAUACGGUCCUACACAUUCUACUCUUUAUCAUUAAACUCAUCAGAAAAACUGCACAACAAUAUGUUCAAAAACGUCAUUGGCGGAACCAUGCGUUUUUUUAACACAAACCCUCAAGGACGGAUCAUAAAUCGCUUCUCGCAGGAUAUGGGCACGGUCGAUACGCUUUUGCCAACUGUUGCAAUUGAUACGACCCAGUUAUUGUUGUACGCGCUCGCUUCGGUUAUACUAAUAGCAGUUGUAAACUACUGGCUAUUAAUACCAACAAUAGUAAUAGGUGCUAUGGCGUACGGUUUGAAGACCUAUUGCCUGUUAACAAGUCGUAAUAUAAAACGACUGGAAGGUGUAACUCGGAGUCCAGUUUUCGAACACUUAAGCUCAUCGCUACAGGGCCUAAGUACCGUCCAAGCUUUUCAGGCAGAAGCAAUUCUCAGAGAGGAAUUCGACAUCCAUCAAGACUUGCAUAGCGGCUGCUAUCAUUUAUUCCUAACCACGUCCCAGGGUUUCGGAUAUUUCCUCGACUGCAUAUGUGCUGUAUACCUCGCCAUAGUCACGCUUAGUUUUGUAAUUUCCGAUCAUGAGCUGCUGGGUGGUAACGUAGGGCUCGCUGUUACCGAGUGUCUAAGUGUGAUUGGCAUACUUCAAUGGGCGAUGCAACAGACGGCGGAUUUGGAAAAUAACAUGACAUGUGUGGAACGUAUUUUGGAGUAUGAUUCCGUCGAACAAGAGGAAAGUGGUGGUGUAGAGGUGUCGACUACGUGGCCGGAAGUUGGGGAAAUAGUGUUCCGCAACGUUACCCUUCAGUAUUUACCGGAUGCUCCACCUACUUUAAAAAAUUUAAGUUUCCAAGUUUCUUCAAAAGAGAAAAUUGGAAUUAUCGGACGAACGGGUGCAGGAAAAACAUCUAUUGCCAACGCCCUUCUUCGGUUAACUCCAAUAUCUGGAGAAAUUUUAAUUGAUGGCGUUGACACAAAGAGCAUAAAUUUGCAAGCGUUACGUUCAAAAAUUUCGGUCAUUCCUCAAGAUCCUACUCUCUUCUCUGGCACUUUAAGGCAAAACUUGGAUCCAUUUCAAGAGUACGAAGAUAGUGCUUUGUGGAAUGUUCUCGAAGAUGUUGAACUUAAGGAACUAUUUGCUUCGUCACCGCAAGGGUUGUGUCAUGUCAUCAGCCAAGGUGGGAAGAAUGUAAGCGUGGGCCAACGUCAGCUUAUAUGCUUAGCACGUGCCAUUUUACGUAAUAAUAAAAUAUUAAUCAUGGACGAGGCUACUGCAAACGUAGAUUUGGAGACCGAUACUUUAAUACAGAGGACAAUUCGGAAAAAGUUUGAGUCGUGCACAGUACUGACCAUUGCCCAUAGGUUACAGACAGUUUUGGAUUCUGAUAAAAUUCUAGUUAUGAGUGAAGGUGAGGUUGUUGAAUUUGAUAAGCCAUCUGUGUUACUAAAUAAUGAUAAUGGAUACUUUUACAAAAUGUCAACAAAAUUGAACAAAUGAGAAGAUAUCAUGCCAUAAGUGUUCGUUUUAUAUAAGUUUAUAAUAAAGUAACGAAAUAUCAUGCCAUAAGU